CAACAUAUCGGGUCGAACCGAUUCGUUUAAACGUUGGUCUUUUUGGGUUUUCAUUCUAUGCCCUAACCCUGUCUAUGAACUCCUUCGUCUUCUGAAUUCUCUUGUUGCAGAGUAACACAUGGCUCUGUUAUUCAAGGAUCCGUCGAAGAUUUCAGCGUAUCGAGAUAGAAGGUUCCCCGGAACGCAAGAGGAGUUUGAGCACGCGCUUGUGACCUCAACCACCGUUUACGUGGGGAACAUGUCUUUUUACACGACGGAGGAGCAAGUUUACGAGCUCUUCUCGCGUACUGGGGAAAUAAAAAAGAUCAUCAUGGGCUUGGACAAGAACACCAAAACGCCCUGCGGCUUCUGUUUCGUUUUAUAUUAUUCUCGUGAAGAUACUGAGGAUGCUUGCAAAUACAUAAGUGGGACGAUACUUGAUGAUCGUCCCAUUCGAGUUGAUUUUGAUUGGGGAUUUCAGGAAGGAAGACAAUGGGGUCGUGGGAGGAGCGGUGGCCAGGUGCGGGACGAGUACCGCACUGAUUAUGAUCCUGGUAGAGGUGGCUACGGGAAGCUGGUUCAGAAAGAGUUAGAAGUACAAAGGCAGCUUGUAGAUUAUGGUGCUGGUUCUUUGGGUUCUUUUCCACCAGUUAUUCCAACUUCCUAUGGUAGACAUGGUGGAGGAGGUGGUCAUGGUCAUGGUGGUUCCCAUCGACAUGGUAGAGAUUACUAUAGGAAGAGACACCGAGAUGAUGAGCGCCACACACACGAGUCCUCAAAAAGAACUUCAGAUCAUGAGUCUCGAAGGAACACUGACCAUGAAUCUAGACCGGAAAAAAAUCCACGGUUUCGUGAGAGUGGUGAUUCUGAUGAGGACGAGGAAGAUGAUAGAAAAAGACGGGCUUAACCAGAAUUUUAUACUUGAUCUAGUUGUUUUAAAUUUAAACAUUUCUACUGACAUGAUUGAAGGUGGAUGAUUGUUUGUAUGAUGUAUAUUAUUGCAAAUUGCAAAGAUCUCACUGUUAGUUUAACCUUGCUUGAAAUUCUAGGCUGGUCGGCUGCAUAUAAAAAUGACAGUGCUAUUUAGUGUUUUGUAUCAAUUUUUUUGUCUUGUGCUUUUUGUCUACCAACAUAUUAAUAAGAUUUUGUUAACUUUUA